AUGAAGUUCGGCCGCAAUCUAUCCCAGUUUACCGUUCCCGAGUGGAGCGCCUCAUACAUCAAGUAUAAGUCCCUGAAGAAGCUCAUCAAGUCUGCUGCCGAGCAGAUCAAAGCGGGCCAGGAGGCGGAUUUAGCUGGGUUUUUCUACAAUCUCGACCGAAAUGUUGAGGACGUCGAUUACUUCUAUAACAAGAAAUAUGCGGAAUUCGCGCGCCGGCUAAAGCUCCUCGAGGAGCGAUAUGGAUAUUCCAUGGAAGGCCGGCAUUCGCUCGAAGCGGAGGAUCGCCAUGACCUCCGCGAGGCGCUUUUGGAUCUGCGGUACCAUCUUCGUCGCUUACAGUGGUACGGAGAGGUCAAUCGACGUGGGUUUGUGAAGAUCACCAAGAAGUUGGACAAAAAGGUUGGUGCGCAGGCCCAGAAGCGGUAUCUGGAUACCAAGGUCGACCCCACGCCGUUUGCUUCCAAUUCUCGGGUUUUCCAGUCUCAGGAUCGCAUCAACGCUUGGAUGGCUAUCAUUACCGACCAGUCCAAGGGCGAUGAUAAAGUGCCUGAUGAUGCGAGCUCGACACAUUCUUCUUUGUCGCUCAAGAGGGGCGCCUCGAGACCGUAUCUCAAUUUGCCGACUAGUGUUCUCACUGCUGUAGAUGAUUCGCUGCGCAAUGAUGACAUUCAUGUUUUGCUGGAACUUCUGGAGACGCUGAAGGCUACUGCGGACGAGGCGGGCGACACGGUCUAUCCUAGAGUUCUCAGGACUCUGAUUCAGCGCUCUAUUCUUCAUCGUUCCCGGUCUGUGCUAGCUCUUCUGUUGAACCGAGUGGAUACACUUGAAGAGGACGAUGAUAUCAACAAGCGCAAUUGUCUGCACCGUUUGGUCAUCUUCAUCGGCCGGGAACAGCCAACGAGUGACUCCGAGCCCGCAGCUUCUAUGGUCCUCGACUUCCCUCCCGAGACUACCCGCUACAUCACUCCUGCGGCGCCUCCCACCCUUCAGCCUCCCCGAGCUAUAGUCAAGGAAGAGCAUAUGUCCCAGCAGUUGGGUCGCGAUGAUCAAGCCGUGACUCUUCUCUCGUUCCUCUUGGAUUCGCUACGACCAGACCAGCGUGAGUCCUUGAUGGCCAAGGAUAUCUCUGGCCGCACACCCUUGCACUAUGCCGCCCAGUAUGGCUUCAAGGUUGUGUGUGAGGUGAUUAUUGAACAUCUCAGAGAAUGGGAAAUGUUUGAUGUCAGUGAUGGGAUUGACGGCCCUUUAUGGCAGGACAAUGAUGGUUGGGCUCCGCUUCACUUGAGUGUUGUGGGCGGUCAUCCUAAGACCACCCGUUGUCUUCUGGACUCUGAAAACCGCAACGAGGGAUCGCAGGAGAUUGGAAACAUCAGAAAGCAAGUGUCCAAGUCCAGUGCUGUGCUGGCUCUCGCGACGAAAGCCAACUUCAUCGAUAUUGUUCAGCUCCUCGUGGAUGCUGGCGUAGACAUCAACUACCAGGAUGAGCAAGGAGAGACUGCACUUCACGUUGCCGCUCGCUUCGGCCAUGACGAGUGUGCACAGAUUCUGCUCGAUGGCAACCACCACCAGAAAGCGAAUACGGAAUUGGCGGAAAACACAUACGGCUGGACCCCGCUCUUCAUUGCUUGUGUCGACGCCGCUUUGGGUGUGGCCAAGCAGCUGGUUGCCGCUGGUGCGGACGUCGAGCGCUUGGAUUCCUCCGGUUGGACAGCAAAGGAGCAUGCAGCCCUGCGUGGCCAUCUUGACAUUGCCCGGUGUUUGGCAGAAGUGAGCCCCGGAGUUCCCGCCAUUGAGCUCGAUCUUUCGAUCUCUACUCCAAAUGUUUCUACUCCUAAUCUUACUGGCUCCGAUUCUUCCUCGCCCCCUACCCAGUCAUCCCUCACUGAUCGCCGUUCCAAUGCGCCUGGCCCAACCUCGGGGAUCUCUGGCCUCCGCAACACUGAGCCUAUCAAGACAUUUGGACACCGGUAUCUCACGGAUGAGACCAUGAUUCUAGUUAGUCUUGGUACCAUGGACAUGCGUAAGCCGCUCGAGACAGUCAGUCUCGACCGCAUUCCUAUGGAGAACGCGCACGCUACCCAGCUGGACACAUCUUUGUCCAUGGUCAUCACGGCCAGUGGCGCGCACGGUGAGCCGGAGGUGAUUGAUUUGCCUGUGCAUGACAACAUCUCUACUGAGCCUAUUGUCUUCCACACCACCGAUCCCAGCAAAGUGCGUCUGCUAUUCGACCUUGUCCCUACCUACGCUGGAUCGAAGGAGAAGGUUGUCGGCCGAGGUGUCGCCCUGCUUUCUAGCAUCAAGCCUACGGUGGGAUCACACCGAAUCAACCUUAAGGGUGAUUCCACUGUUCCCAUUGUUGCUGCGAAUACUCUGGAGGUCAUUGGAUCCGUGACGUUUAAUUUUCUCGUCAUCACCCCUUUUGCGCACCCCAACAUGUCCAUCACUGGCAAUCAGACCUACUGGCGCUCGAUGAGCUCUACGAUGGUAAUUGGACACCGCGGGUUGGGCAAGAACAUGGCUAGCCGCAAUUCUCUACAGCUAGGCGAGAACACUGUACAGUCAUUCAUCGCCGCGGCCAACCUGGGUGCCUCAUAUGUCGAGUUCGAUGUACAGCUCACAAAGGACCACGUCCCUGUCAUAUAUCACGACUUCCUAGUCAGCGAGACUGGCAUCGACGCACCUGUCCAUACCAUGACCCUAGACCAGUUUCUCGAGCUAGGUAAGGGGCAUCACCCGGGAAUGAGAACCGGCGAGCUACCAGAACUUGGCCCCCGCCAGCGCUCGAUGUCAGUCGGCGGCUCGGAGUACAACCCAGCCGAGCUGACUGAGAAGAUCAAGCACACCCGCGACUUCAAGAAGAAGGGAUUCAAGGGCAACACCCGCGGCGAGCACAUCCAAGCCCCCUUCGCCACCCUAGAAGAGCUCUUCAAAAAGAUCCCCGAACCUGUCGGCUUCAACAUUGAACUGAAAUACCCCAUGCUCCACGAGUCUGAAGAAGAGGAAAUGGACACCUACGCGGUCGAGCUGAACUCCUUCGUCGACACCAUCCUAACAAAAGUCUAUGACCUGGCGGGCCGCCGCGAUAUUCUCUUCUCAUCUUUCAACCCAGACAUCUGCCUUUUGCUGUCCUUCAAGCAGCCUUCCAUCCCUGUCCUCUUCCUGACAGACGCUGGCGCCUCCCCGGUCGGCGAUAUUCGCGCCAGCAGCUUGCAGGAGGCUAUUCGCUUCGCCUCGCGGUGGAACCUCCUCGGCAUCGUCACCCAGGCCGAACCACUGGUUCUCUGCCCGCGGCUUGUUCGCAUCGUCAAGGAAUCCGGCCUCGUUUGUGUUUCCUACGGAGCACUCAAUAACGACGGCGAAAAUGUUGACUUCCAAGUCGCCGAAGGCAUCGACGCCGUCAUCGUAGACUCCGUCCUCGGAAUUACGAACGGUCUCAUCCAGCGCCAGAACAAGGGUCUCACGCCCGGCCCUUCUCCCAACCCAUCGGCUGUCAGUGACCAGGCUGCUGAUUCGGCGAAGGGCGCUAUCCGCGUCCCCGUUCUGGAGCAGAAGCAGAGCACUAGCAGCACUCUCUUGCCGAAUCCGUCGAUUGUUCUCUAG